AAAAUUUAUGUUAUUUGAUUUCUUGAAAUAACUUAAUGACAAAUAGAAAACUGUUAUCUGAAAGGAAGUCUGAACUCUUUUUACAUACUGGUCAUUCAUCAUAACACAUGUGUAGCAGGAAAGAUCUUAAAUUCAUUUCUAACAAUUCCAAAAUUUCGGAAAUGGCUAAAGGUAACAGUGAACGCAAACAUAUGCCUUGCGAUGCUUGUGAUGAUCAGAAACUCAAAAGAAUGGAAAACAAUCUUGUUGUCAGAGAACUUCGGGAUAAAAUAGAGCAGCUAAACUUCAGGCUCAUAGAAAGCAAAAAUGAAAAUCAGGUACUCAAGAGAGACCUUCAAAUGGCCAAGAAAAUGGUAUAUCAAGAAUUAGGCGGCCAUCCGCUGGACUUCCAAGCUCUGAUGAAAUACGGUACAGAAUCAGGAUGGAAAGGUCGGCUAGAAGCUGUUUUAGUUUUAAAGAAAAAAGCCCAAGAAUUGAGAGAGCAUCUGAAGGCUCUAGAAAAUGAAUUGCCUCCUUCUGAAGAAACACCUCAUCAAGAAUUUGUAAAGGAAAAUAUACCGAAAGAACGGAAAAUGUUCUGGAGGCUGGAACUGGAACGCAGAAUGGUAAGAGAGAAUGCUGAGAAGAGCAUGAUUCCUAUUGCUGAGGAAUGCAACCAGCUAAGAAAGGAUUUGGACGCUGAAAAAUCUCGUUUUCGAGAAUUGAACGAAGAAGUCAAACUCCUCCGAGCUCAAUUGCAGAGUCAAGUGGAGAAAAACGAAGAGGAUUUUGGAAUUGUUGACUCAUUUCAUGUCAGUAUAAUGAUUAACCACAUUUUUUAAUUUAUUAAUUAUUACUAUUAUUAUUUUGAUGUUAUAUAAGUUAAUACUUCAAUUAACAAAAGAGAAAGGAUUGACUAAUACUUUUGCUUGAAGAGCCACUUAAAAAUAUCGAGUAUGGAACUUUCAAAAUCAGACAUAAACUUUUAUCUUAUCUCAUUUUUCAAAAUAAAUGUAAUGAAAUUACAAAUAUUAGAAGGGGACUGUAAAAUGGGCAUUAUG